GAAUUCCUAGUAAAAGCCCUCGUCAACCCUGGCGUUCUUCUUCCAUUUGUGUGAACUGAAACCUAGAAGAAACCCUCAGGAACCUUCCUCCUCCUCCUCUCUCUCUUCAUUAGUAUUUCUCCCCCUUCCUUCAUAUACCAAUUCCAAAAACAUUUUUCUCUCUUCAUUGCUAAAACCAAACCCAUUAUCCUUCUCUUUCUCUUAAGCACACAAGAAUCAAAAUUGAGUCCAUUUAUUCAAGAAAUGAACCCAGACUCGAGAGAUCCACCACCCGAGUACAGAGAAGGCUAUGCAUUAAGUGGCAAGAUAAUGCUUAGUGCUAUUGUUAUUCUCUUCUUUGUUAUCAUUCUAAUGGUUUUUCUCCACCUCUACGCUCGUUGGUACCUCACUCGUGCACGCCAGCGCCAAGUCCGCCGAGCCCGCAACCGCCGUACGCAUCUUGUCUUCUACGUCGACUCCGCCCAAAACCCCAACAAUGUCACCUCUCAUGUCACGCGUGGCCUUGAAGAGACUGUCAAAAAUUCUCUUCCUGUUUUUGUAUAUUCAAGAAAAACCCACCAAGAUUCGAUUGAGUGUGCGGUUUGUUUAUCCGAAUUAGAAGAGAACGAAAGGGGUCGGGUCUUGCCCAAGUGUAACCACAGUUUCCACACCGAGUGUAUCGAUAUGUGGUUUCAUUCUCACUCCACUUGCCCUCUUUGUCGCUCUCCGGUUGAGCCGGUGGAGGAAAACCCCGUUCCAGAAGGUUCAAAUUUCGGGAUUUCAGAAGCGGGUUCGGGUCUGUGUACCUCGUGCCAGCACGAGGAGGAUCAUCUGGGAUCGUCUUCUACGUCGUCGUUUAAUGGUGGAAGGAAACCUGGUGGGCUUAUUGGUGUGACCAUAGACGUCCCAAGGAGAAAUGGGAAUUUCGAGGACGAGUCAAGUACCGAGUCACCAUCAGCAAGUCACUCUUUCAGAUCGCCAAUGAGUCGUAUGUUGUCGUUUAAGAGGAUGCUAAGUAGGGAAAGAAGAGGUACUGUGUCUCCAACCGUGGCUAACUCAGUGAGCUGCGGUGGUGGGUCAGGGACGACCGAGUUUGAUAUUGAGCAAGGGAGGGAUGAGUCGACGCCUCAGCAAACUCGGUGUUAAAAUCAGAGGUGGCAGGCAAUUCUUGACCCGGUUGGAUGAGGAAGUAACCACGUGGCGAUUGUCUUACUGAGAAAACCGGCGGCGAUAGCCAGUCGCUUGAGUGGCAGUUUUGUUCUCAUGUGGCGGUGUGGGUCCUUGUGGAUAGGAGCGCCGCUUGAGGUUAUGUUUGACUUUUGACUUGUAUAUAACGAAAGAAAUCUUUUUAUUGAAUUUUCUCCUCCUUAUAUUUUCUA